AGGGAUUUCUCAGAUGUGGCAACUACGUGUUACUUCCAACAAGAAGCGACUUGCUCAAACACUUGAAACCCCGGUUGGUUUAAAGUGUGCCCUGCUUUCCUAACCAGAUGUGUCACUUCCGUCUUCAUAGGCUACUUUUUGUACAUUUUCACUCAGGCAGCCUGCGAGACAACUCCACCACAACACUCGGACCUGAGAGAAUUUCUUGAGGUGAAAGUGACAUAAUGCAGAACGUGAAGUGCAUGGUGGUCGGAGACAGGGGAGUAGGAAAGACCCACCUUCUUCGCACCUACAUCAACAAAGUCUUUCCGAAGGAAUACACACCAGAUUUCACGUACACGUACAGCACACAGGUCAGUGUAGACGGCCGGCAGGUCAGCCUUUUUCUGCAGGACUCCCCCGGCGGCGAGCGCUACAAACACCUGCGUCCGCUCUUCUACAUCCACAUCAAUGUCUUCAUCAUCUGCUUCUCCAUCGCUAGCCCGGCAUCCUUUGAGAACGUCGAGCAGAAAUGGAAACCGGAGAUUAAACACCAUUCCCCCGAUGUGCCCAUUCUCCUUGUGGGAACUAAGAGCGACCUGAGAGGCGAUCAGGACGUCCUGGAAAAACUGAAGGAGCAGAAUCAGACCCCAGUAACCAAACAGCAGGGAACCACAAUGGCCGAGCAAAUUGAGGCUGUAAAAUAUCUUGAGUGCGCCGCAAUCAACCAGGAGGGACUGAAUGAGGUGUUUGAUGAAGCGGUGCAUGCCUUCCUCAUUCAGUCAACGACCACCAAAAAACCCUGUGUUCUCUUGUAAGCUAAAUAUUCCAUUAGAAAUAAGUAAGUUCAUCUGAGAAUAUGUUUUGACUUGUUCAGUUUUUGUGAUUUAUUUUCACUUCAGUCCUAAUUUAUUUACUUAACGAGAAUAUUUCUUAUAUAUUAUAUUAUAUUAUAUUAUAUUAUAUUAUAUUAUAUUAUAUUAUAUUAUAUUAUAUUAUAUUAUUAAAGAUGUCCCUCAACAAUACAUAUUUCAACACCCACAUACAUGCAUACAUAUACACUCACCAGCCACUUUAUUAGGUACACCUUGCUAGUGAAUGCAUUUAAACAGGUGUACCUUAUAAAGUGGCGAGCAAGUGUACAUAUAAACCCUCCACAUACAAAAAUACAAACCCACGGGUAAUUCCCACACACUCAUAACUCAGCCAAGUGCACACGAGAAGCAAAGGGGUUCAAAGCUUUAUAAAAACUGUUCUUCGUAUAUUUAAGAGAUUCCAGGGCAGAUCAGAUGUCUCUUGUUUUCAACAAAGCUUCUUGUGGAAAAUAAGAAAAAUGAAAAAUUGCUAUGUGAAUACAACACCCUCCUUCCUGAACCCUGUUAGUGUUAUCGUCCUGUCCCUUUAACCCUUUUGUCCCAGUUAUUUACAUUCUGUACUUGUAUUUGAACUGAUAUUGUUGUAUGUAUGUGUAUAUGUGUAUAUUUUAUAUUUGUGCUGAUGUCUAAUUCAUCCUGAUGUUUUUGUAUAUAUCACAGUUUCCAUUAAGAAUAAGCUGUGACGUAGCAGCUCUAACUGGAAGUCUGUUUCAUUGAAGGGACGCUAAUACUUUUAAAAUUCAAAGAAAAGAAAUGAUGUACCAUUGUCCAUCAUUAUAUAAAUCUACGUUUGAAAAAUCAUUGUCACCAUUUAAGAUGUUUUUGACUGAAGUGGAUUAUUAAUUUAAACGUCUUAAGUUGAUCACAAACUGUGUAGCACUGAUGAAUAUCCAUAUCGGAGAUUUUCAAACAAUAUGUCACAGAAAAUUAUGAAGUCUGUUAGGUUUUGUUUUUAAUUUUCUUCUUUUCUUUGUCUCUUGUUUGGUGCUGCUGUGGAUGAUGACCCAUGCUAUUGCCCAAAUAUCUAGAAUCACUGUUUUCUGUUAUUUGUAAAAUUUUCAAUAAAGUUUUUGUAGAAAAAAAUGGAAGUCUA